CGUGCGGGACCGCAAGUGUGAGGCGAAAGGAAGGAGAAUUUCCAUCAGUGGGUAUUAAAGGAAAAAGUACCCCUAUGGUUGGCGUUCUUCAGCUCUAUUGCUGUUCAAAUUAAACAUUAAUUCAAAGUGUUGAAAAUCCUGAUCACUGAUAUCUCCUUAGCGAUAUCUAAAUCGCACCUGCCCCGAGAGGAGCUCCCGAGGAACAGAGCCUGCUCGCCUCAUUCCGCGGAGAGGAGCUCUAUUGAGAACCGCGCGAUGGGAUUGGAGACAGACCGUCACUGACUCUUUUCACAUUUAUUAUUGACUCGUUGGGGAUAGACACAGAGCAGGUUUUCCUCUGUAGAAGUUUGGGGCACCUUCGGGAAGUCUUAUUUUUCGUUACGUGGAUCUACGACACCGGUCUUUGUGAUUAUCAAGCGGUUUGGAUUUGGAUGAAGAGUUGUGUGGAGUAACAGAAUGGCACCAUCCGACUGUUUUCAGUUAGUCGCUGUCAUCUUUUAUUGUGUGGCUCCAAUAAAUGGAAACCUGACACCCCCUCGGAUGUAUCCGUCCCAUAACCCUCUAAUUCACCACAGAGGAGACUCACUGGAGCUCAUAUGCAGGGGCGAUGACAAGCUGCAUUGGGCCCUGCCACGUUCCCUCGCUUCGGACGGGGUCGUGGUGGAGGACUGCGAGCCCCACCAAGAUACCCACUGCAGCAAGCUGACGCUCAGACAUCUGCAAGCAGGGGACACGGGCACCUACUCAUGCAGCUACUCCCAGGAAGCCCAUCGCCACAAAAGCCACGUCUACGUCUACGUCAAAGAUCCCCAUUCUCCCUUUGUCUCCCAAAAGCGUACCCCCGAGGUGAUUUUUAUGUACGCGCACAAAACCACACUCAUAGUGCCCUGUAGGACCACCUCUCCGGAUGCAGUUGUAACAUUGACGGGGACAAAAACUUCCCAGAAGAGUGAAUGGGACUCUAAGGUGGGUUUCAAGAUCUCAUACCCCCCCACCAUCUCCAACAACAUGCUCAUCUGCAGCACUUCGGUCAAUGGUCAAAGUUUUGAGCUCCAAUAUGUCCCUCAACGGUUAACAACUGUACUAAGGAGAGUGAAGCUCACCCCGGAUUCUAAUAGGGUGCUGGUGGGAGACAACCUCACCCUCAACUGCAGCGGGGAAACCAGCUAUUAUGGAAGAAUCAGCUUUGAAUUGCAUAUUCCCGCCAACCGCAGUGUCUCCAUUGUGAAGGACAAGUCUGACAUAGCUCCUAUCAUGAUGUCCAACGCCAUCACGCUCCGCGCUGUCACCAUGGAGGACGCCGGGGAAUACAACUGCACCGCUGUGCUUCAACCAAAUAACGACAAAAGGAGGCAUGCAUCCACCAACAUCAUCGUAUUUAAGCACCCAUUCCUCCACCUUAGCUAUAGAAAUGAUCAAGAUGGUUACGUCACGGUUACUGAGGGAAAUAAACUGGUGUUUAGACCCGUGGUCGAUUCACUGCCUCUAGCUGAUUCAGUCACAUGGCAUAAAGAUGGCGUUCCGAUCCUGAGGAAUUCCACGUGCUACAAGAUAUCUGGCUUCAACCUGACCGUGGCAGAUAUCCAAUACAAGCACAGGGGGGUCUACACCAUCACCGUGGGCAACAUCGAGAAGGGCCUCUACAGGAACCUCAGCUACACUCUGGUUGUCCACGUGAGGCCAACUAUUUCAGAGGCAGGGCUCUCCAAUGUGGACGUGCAGCCCUACAUGUAUGGAAAGGAGCACAGGCUAACUUGCACCGUCUUCGCCGUGCCCCGCCCUAAGAUCUCCUGGUUCUGGCAGCCUUGCCGCCUGGAGGCAGACAUCACCGAGUGUGAAUUCUAUACCGAGCCCAUCCCUGUAGAGCUGGAGAGCAGGGGGGACUAUCCUCGCAACUGGAUUGCAGCCAUGUACACCAGGAUCAAAAUGGUGCAAGGAAAGAACAAGACCGUUGGGACACUGGUGGUGGGGAGGGCCAACGUCACCGGCUCCUACACCUGCAGAGCCGAGAACGAGGUGGGCGAGAACGAAGUGGCCUCAAACAAGUGGAGGAUCCCCUUCUACGUGGACGAUCACUCCGACCACAUGCACAUCAAGCCCCAGACAGCCAUCGAGGGAGAGGACAUCACGCUGACCUGCCGGGCCACGCGCUACCUCUACUCGGAGCUGCAGUGGUUCGACCCCCAGAACCGCACCAUCACAGCGGACGUGUCCCCGCUCCGGCUGGACCCUUACUCCGUCUCCCUGGCGCUCACCCUGCGCAACGUGUCCCGGAACGGCGGCACGCCGGCGUACCGCUGCGGCGCCCUCAACCACUUCAAACACAAGUCCGCGCACAAGACCUUCGUGCUCAACGUGGACGGGAGGAAGCGGCCGUGGCUGAGUCAGAAUCUGACCAAUCAGGAGGUGAACAGCAGCAGCACGCUGACUCUGGACUGCCUGGUGUCGGGGGUCCCCAAGCCGCUGAUCACCUGGUUCAAGAACAACAUCCAGGUGCAGGAAGGGCCAGGUAUCACCCUGGGGGAGAGCGGCGUCCUGACCAUCGAGAGGGUGAAGAAGGAGGACGAGGGCCUGUACGAGUGCUUGGCCAGCAACGCGGAGGGAAGCAUCAGAACCAGUGCCGUCGUCAUUGUUUCCGGUGAGGACGGCCGGGCCAACGUGGAGGUGAUCAUCCUGGUGUGCACGGGAGCUGCCGCCACCUUCCUCUGGAUCAUGCUCAUCCUCUUCAUCCGCAAGCUGCGAAAGCAGCCGUCCCACUACAAGAUGGGCCCGUCCAUCAUCAUCGAUCCCGAUAAGUACCCCCUGGAUGAGCAGGACGAACUCCUCCAGUACGACAGCAGCAAGUGGGAGUUCCCCCGAGACCGCCUAAGACUAGGUAAAACCCUGGGCCACGGGGCCUUCGGGAAGGUGGUGGAGGCCUCCGCCUUCGGGAUCGACAAGCUCUCCACCUGCAAGACGGUGGCGGUCAAGAUGCUGAAAGGAGGUGCCACAAACAACGAGCGCAAAGCCCUGAUGUCCGAGCUGAAGAUCCUCAUCCACAUCGGCCACCACCUCAACGUGGUCAACCUGCUGGGAGCCUGCACCAAGCCCGGAGGUCCACUGAUGAUGAUCGUGGAGUUCUGCAAGUACGGCAACCUGUCCAACUACCUGAGGAGUAGAAGAGGGGACUUUGUUGUCUGCAAGAGGCAGGAGGGCAAGGCGGUGUCCGGGUCAGGGUCGCCGGGCUGCGAGCUCAGCGAGCUGAUGAAGCGCCGCCUGGAGAGCGUGGCGAGCACGGGCAGCUCGGCCAGCUCGGGCUUCAUCGAGGACAAGAGCUACUGUGACUCAGAGGAAGAGGAAGAAGAGCCCGAAGAUUUAUAUAAGCGCGUGUUGACGCUGGAGGAUUUGAUCUGCUACAGCUUUCAAGUCGCGAAGGGCAUGGAGUUCCUGGCCUCACGCAAGUGCAUCCACCGAGACUUGGCGGCACGGAACAUCUUGCUCUUGGAGAACAACGUGGUGAAAAUAUGCGACUUCGGACUGGCGCGAGAUGUGUACAAAGAUCCUGACUACGUGCGCAAAGGAGACGCUAGACUGCCCCUUAAAUGGAUGGCGCCAGAAGCCAUUUUCGACAAGAUCUACACCACCCAGAGUGACGUGUGGUCCUUCGGGGUUCUCAUGUGGGAGAUCUUCUCUCUUGGUGCCUCCCCCUACCCGGGCCUCCAGAUCGAUGAGGAGUUUUGCUGCAGGCUUAAGGACGGAACCAGGAUGAGAGCCCCCGAAUACUCUUCCUCGGAAAUAUACCAGACCAUGCUGGACUGCUGGCUGGGAGAGCCACUGCAGCGGCCCACCUUCACCGAGCUAGUGGAGCACCUGGGAGACCUUCUGCAGGCCAGCGUGCAGCAGGUAACACACACAGAGCCCACCCCACCACGCUGCCACCCACUAAGGGUGAUUCUCAUCGUCUAUUCAUCUGUCGACUGAUCUGUUGUUUUCCAAAUGAAUCGUUUAGUCUGUACAAUAUUGAAUCAUAAAUCACGGAAAAAGUCCAAAGUGAUAAACUGUGACUAUUAUAAUGAUCCAUGAACUAAAUCAAUGAAUUGGACUGCAACAUUUAUUCCGACUGAUGUUGAAUUCAGUCAUGUCAUGAAUGAGGAUGAAGGGUUAUUAUUAGGCAUCUCGUUCAAGGCCAAGGCAGACAUGGGGGAUUGAACCCAGGCAGGGAGUCAAACUCUGUAUCCUGCCUCUGCAUUAUUGUCCUUCACCCUCCACAUAUUAGCUUUGAGAUGGAUUGGACUGGAUGGAUUCAUCUCAUACAUGGAUGGAAACAUGUCUGCAGCCAGAGUAAGAUCCUUGACUUGUCUGUAAGAGGAGAAUCAAAAGCAGCUUUAGAUCUCUGCUCGAAGUCCUUUGGUAACUGACUUAUAACACAUCAAACAAUUUCUUUAGGAUGUCCAGACUAAAGUUUGUCCUUGAGCGUCGCCAUGGACAAUAACAUCAGUCACUCGUUCCUAGAAAUGAGUCAGAGAGGUUUCCAUUAAUAAGGAAGCUCUGAGAAAGGUGCAAAGCGGCCCAUUGCCCAAGUUGGUGAUAAAGCAACCAAAAGGGGAAUUAAAACAUGACAAUACUUGGAAACAGAAAGGAACUGCCUACAAAGUCCUGGGAAAUCUUUUCUUGUACUCAUAACGCAAUGUUAAAUAAAAUAACAAAAUUGUCGAAUGAUGAAUGAAUGAAAAAAAAGCGACACCAGAAUUCUGACCUUUUCUUUGAGUUCACUCGAGCUGUUAGACUAAUGAUCUAACACCUGGUAAGCCAUUACACCGAUGGUAAAUGGUUAUUUAAGUGCUAUCGAAAAGAUAAUAAUCAAGACCCCUUCAACUAUGUAAAACCCUGAUGGAUAUCCCAGCUCCCAUUCCCGUCCGCUGUUAGAAGAGAGAGGGGUCCGUUUGAGAGACCAUAGCUCACCGCAGCAGAGCGAGGUCCCAAACGUGACACUCGAUAGAACCACAGACGACAUGGAGAUAAGGAAGAAGGCUGGCCAUCCUCUCCCGUCCGCGUUACAAGUGACUCUGUGAAAGCCAUCGCCAGGGGAAACAAAUCCCAACCGGCCAGGGAGGGACGAGAACACUCUGCAGCACUUCCAUGGAAGGGAGUUUUUUUAACACAGUCAUGGCGCGGUUGUCCCAGGGGGCUUCAGCAGAGUGGUCCGUCAGCACCUCGUCUGAGGUCUGAGGCACGCCGGACCGGAGUUACGACCGUCUUGACCGCAGGGUCUCUGGCCCGGGGCCAGGGGCCGAGUGGGUGGCUGGGAUCUGGCUCUGCACGCGGGGCAGCCACAGCGGGGCCUGCGUCUGGCUCAGCGUUUCCCAGUGUUCCUUGCCCAGUGACCCACAUUUUUUAGGUCUGGAAGAGAAAAAUGCACGCCCCCGCCCCCACACACACACAUUUUUGCACAUCUGCUUCAGCAGUCUGGUCACACGUUGUUUAAAACGGACUCGACGAUGUAGGCCACUGAUAUCAGUGCAUCGGUGAACGUUGACGCAUCGCAACGCACUAAGUGAACGUUGGUGGCUGUAGAUAAUCAGCCGGGCUCGAUUAUACAGAAGGGUUUCAUACAAGACGUUAUAUCGUUUUAUCGUUUUAUCCAAAAUCUGUCAUUUUCAAAUAUCUAUAUCUCAGUCAGCGAUUACCCCCCAGGACGUGGGUCGGCCCGCCCCAUGUGUGGUCUCAACCCCACGAGUUUGAAAUGCUGCUCU